AUGGCGGCGGACGCGCAAGUCGCCGCGGCGCCGAAGGCGAAAGUGGGCGCGAAAGCGGAGCAGCGCGACGGCAUCGCGCGCCCCGGGCACAGCGAGAUCGGCAAGCUCGCGGUGUGGUCCGUGACGUCCGCGAAGCCUGGGAACGGCGUCGAGCUCCUGCGCGACGACUGCCUGGACACGUACUGGCAAUCGGACGGCGCGCAGCCCCACCUCGUCAACGUGCAGUUUCAAAAGAAGGUUCGCCUGCGCGAGCUCGCGCUGUACGCCAAGUACGCGCUCGACGAGUCGUACACGCCGUCGAAGAUUAGCAUCAGGGCGGGGAACUCGUUCCACGACCUGCGGGAGAUCAAGGUCGUGGACUUGGAGGAGCCGGGGGGGUGGAUGCACGUGUCUCUCGCGAAAGACGAUUCGGGCGGCGGCGGCGGGGGGGGGGUGGGGGGGGACGGCGACGACGGCGGCGGCGGCGACGACGGCGAAUGCCUGCGCGCGUUCUUUCUUCAGAUCGCGGUGUUAUCGAACCACCAGAACGGAAGGGACACGCACGUGAGGCAGAUGAAGAUAUUCGGACCGCGGACGGACCCGACGGCGUUGAUGGGACGCGGGAUAUCCUUCGCGACCCCGGAGUUUGGGCAGUUCGCCACGGUGAGAUAG